AGAGAAGUCAUAGGCAUUUGGGAUUGGGGUGGGGGGUUCACUUCUAUUUCUCCUCCCUAAAUCCCUCAAACACAUUUCAGAUCCAAACUGGAGAGGCAGAGACACACAGAAGAGGGGCUCUUGGGCCCGCAUGGCCUCCCCCAAGCCAUGUAUAGAAGCAGCUACCUGAGAGAAGUGCGCAAGGAGAAGUAUGAACGAUCUGAUGCCUAUGAUGAGCUGCAGGGUGUCUCGGAAUUCAGCAGCCUGGCCCAAGCCCAGGGCCUGGAAAACCUGCAGGAGCUCAAUGAGAGAUUUGCCAACUACAUCAACCGGGCCCGGAUGCUGGAGCAGCGCAACACUAUCUUCCGCAAGCAGCUGGAGACCUUCCAGCGCAUGGAUGUGAUGGCCGGCUUGGAAGAGGCCUUUGCUGAGCAGAUUGAACUGAACCGCCUGCGCAUCCGUGAGCUGUCUGCUGACAGGGCCAAACUGGAGCGUGAGGACAAGGAUUCGCAGCGCAUGCUCGACGAAUACCGUAACAAGUACAGAAAUGAACGUGAAUAUCAGCAGAUGCUAAAAGAGACUCUUGAACGCCUUAAUAAGGAAGCAGAUGAAGCUUUGCUAUGUAAUCUGGAACUUCAGCUUGAAUCUCAGUUCCUGCAGGAUGACAUUAAUGCCACAAAGGACAGGUACAAGAAGAAUCUCAUGGAAAUACAGACCUAUGUCAGCAUUUUACAACAGAUCAUCCAAAUGACCCCUACUGUGACCAACAUUACAGUUGGAAUAAGUGAGGAAAAGCUGAUAGCAGAAAGGAGAAUUCCCAUCUUGAAGACUCAGCUGGAAGAGUACAAGAGCAUUCUUUGUCAGCUGCAGACUCAGAAAUUGAAACUACAGACCGAGACCACCAUGCUGGAACAAGCUAUUAAGAGCACUCAAGAGAGUUAUGAUGAUGAGGUUCAGCUCUACAACGAACAGAUUGAAACCCUUAGGAAGGAGAUAGAGGAUGCCGAAAGGACCUUGGAGAAGUACACGAAUGACUGCCACCAACUGGUGAUAUAUCAGCAGUCCUUGGAGAAUGAGCUGGAGCGGUACAAACGUAUCAUUGAGAAUGAAGACAACCGGUUAAAUUCUGCCAUAAUCGGAACCCCAGUUGCACUCUUCACACAGAGCUACAGACCCUUCCAAACUACAACCUGGAGACGGCGAGAUAUCACACUGGUUAUGCAAGAGAUUGCAACUGCAAAACCAAGACAAAAAGGUCUGGCAAAGAAAAUUUCUCUGAGAAAGGAGAUCACUUCGAAAGACAUAGCAGAUGGGUUUUCACCCGAAAAUAUGUAUGAAAGAACUCUGGAAGGCUUUGAUCAGGAUCAGCUACAAUUUAAACACGAAAGCACAGUAAUACGUGAACCUCAGCAGGCAGGAUUAGAAUUAGUUGAGCAAGAAACAGUCCCAGAGGAUGUGCCUGAUGGAGCUCAGAUAAGUAAAGCUUUUGAUGAAUUGUGUAACACGGUGAGAGAGAGAAUGAGAUGCUACACGAGACCCGAGCCUAAGACUGACUUGUCUGCCAAAGGGCGCUAUGUACUUGUCACUGGGGAAGCAAGUUAUGACCACCCUUGCUUCUAUUCUUCCUCCAUCCCAGCUGGAGGUGGGAUCAUUGUUUCCACAAGCAAUGGAAAGCUACCCAACGGCGGGGAAGUGGAGCCAAUUCCAGAACUGCCAGAACCCUCUGAACCAUCACCAAAUGAGGAAGAAGUCCAUAAAAUGCAGCCUGAGAUUGAAGAGGGAGAAGAACAGGGCAGAAAGUCAGAAGAAAAAGCUGAAGAGCUCGCAGAGCAGCCACACAUCUCUGGCCCUGCGGCAGUACCUCCAGCUGAUGUAGGCAGCCCUUCUGAGCCAGACGUAUUUAAAAAGGCAGAGUAUGACAGAGAAGACCAACGAGAAGGCCCGACAUUCAUAGAACCAAGCUUACCCAGUUCCAUGAGCUAUGAGAAAGUGGAACUGGUGGAAUCCAUUGAGAAAUUUUCAGAUGACAGAAUUCAGACUUACGAAGAGACAGCUCUGAUUGUGGAGACAACAAUUGAGAAGACAAGCAAGAAGAAGCUAGGAGACAAAGGCUCUUAAGUUACAUCAUUUGAUAAGCAACUUGUCUGGCACACUUAUUAAAUGAUGUAAUUAUUUUCCCCCUUGCCCAGUGCUAACAUAGUGAAACUUUUGCUGUUUGAUAUAAAACAUUGAUACAGAAAUGGCCAUUCUGUCUGGGUGUAGGUUCACCUUUAAUGUAAUAAUCACUAAAAUUUCCUUGGGCAACUAGCAGCAGGUUCAUUUAUGCAACACUUCUUGUAGAAAGUAAUUACUAAAACAUAUCCCUGUCUAAGCCACACCAAAGUAAUAUGUGACCACUACAAAUUGACCCCUCCUCGUAUAUAUUCCUCUAAUGAUGCUUUAGUUGCCAUUAGUUUCCAAUU